UUCAGAUUUAUAAAAUUGCAGGGAAAACAGCAUUGAGUUGACAUGGCAUUUCGCCGAAGAAACAAGAGUUAUCCAUUCUUCAGCCAGGAGUUCUUAAUUCAAAACCAUGCCGACAUCGUCUUCAGUUUCGUAAUUUUCAUUUUGAUUGGAUUGAUGUUUGAGGCAACAGCCAAGACGGCCAUCCUCUUCAUUCAGCCUCAGUACAAUGUCACCACACUCUCACCAGAGGGCGAGGUGACGUUUUACCAUAACGGAUGGAAGGACUCUGCCACCAUCCUCUUUUAUUUCUUCAUCGCCAUCAUCCUCCAUGCAGUAGUGCAGGAGUAUCUUCUGGAUAAAGUGAACCGGCGUCUCCACCUCUCCAAGAGCAAGAACACCAAGUUCAAUGAGUCGGGUCAACUGUGUGUGUUCCACCUGGUGUCGAGUGUGUGGAGCCUUUACGUCCUCGUAACAGAAGGAUAUCUCUUUCAUCUCAGCAGUCUUUGGGAGAACUAUCCCCAUGUACACCUCAGGUUUCAGGUGAAGUUUUUCUACCUCACUCAGCUGGCCUACUGGCUCCAUGCCUUGCCAGAGCUCUACUUUCAGAAAGUACGCAAGGAGGAGAUUUCUCGCCAGCUCCAGUACAUCUGCCUGUACCUGCUGCACAUCGCUGCAGCCUAUAUGUUAAAUUUAAGUCGUGUGGGUGUGGUGCUCCUCUUCCUGCAGUAUGUCUCAGAACUGGGCUUCCACAUCGCCAGACUCUUCUACUUCACUGAUGAGAACCAUCAGAAAAUGUUUGACCUAUGGGCAAUCGGCUUUGUGUUUACCCGGAUGGUCACUUUGACUCUGAUGUUCCUGGCUGUUGGGUUUGGUCUGGCUCGUAGUGAGAACCAGGGCCUGGACUGGGAGAUGGGCAACUUCAACACUGUACUGAUAAGGAUGACGGUUCUCCUGCUGAUUUCUUUGACCCAAUCUUGGCUACUCUGGAAGUUUAUCCGCUUCCAGCUGAGACGCUGGCGGGAGUUCAGACACGAACAGGCUGUUCGCAAGAAGGCUGCCGCAAAGCAACCCCUACGGCCAAUGAAGAGAGACUCGCUUGGUCACCAUGAAAAUGGAGUUCUUAAAGCUGAGAAUGGAGCCUCUCCUCGGGUCAAAAAACUCAAAUCCCCCUAAGAUCGCACACGUAGUGGCCUGAACUGUGGCCGUAGCCCUGGCCAAGGUUCCUCCUCAUCACCACAACAGAAAAGCUGGCGGCCACUGGCCACCAAACCUCUUGCUGAGUGGGUCCUGAGAUGUAACGGGGGCUCAGUUGCUACAGACUUAGGCUUCAAUGCUGGAGAAUGAAAUCAAAGGAAAUCCCUUGAGCCCAACAGACAUUUACUCUUUUCAUCUUAUCAGUAUUUUUUUAUACAUCCACGCAGCCUGCAAUCCCACGGAAAAGGAGCACCAUUGUAUGUCGGAUGAUUCAAAUGUAAAGUGAACACGGUAUGCGGCACACACGUUUUGCUGGCUGUGUCAAUGUUGAAUGUGUCGAUGCAUAAGUCCUGAUUAGUGUUGUCUGGUGUCACAGCUGUUUUCAGCUCUCAUUGAAUUGGCUUUGCUUGUUUUCUAGUCUGGCCCAUUGAAGCAGGACAAUGUUACUGGUAUGGUAUGGUUUGGUGUGACAAAGGCGUACUGUGUGCUGGCCUUCACAUUAACCCUUCACCAUGUCUGAAAAGGGAUUUUGGCCAACCAAUAGAGUGGUCACCUGGGCUCCUCCCAAUGAAUGUCUGUUUAAAAUCCUAAAUUAAUCACAGGACACUUAACAGAUAAGCAUUAAGUACAUAUGUUGGAUAUUACCGCAUGCCAUUCCAUUUUUUUCUUUAUUACUUUAUUAAAUAAUUUUUCUGAAA